AUGGAUACAGGAACCCAAGCGAAUGUUUUACCACUGUCAACACUGGAAAGUUUAUCUUCAAAGCCACAUAUAGCCAAAACACACACAAAGCUGACAGCGUACAAUGGAAUGAACAUACCAGUCAUAGGAAAAUGCACGCUACAAAUACACCAUAAAGAUGCAAUUCACUCAGUUCCCUUUAUCGUCACAGACACAAGGUCUCCAUCACUUUUGGGCCUUCAGACAAGUGUUGACCUAAACCUAAUUAAACGUAUCUGGAUGGUGAAUGCCAAUGAGCCUGAAUUCAUGCAAGAGUACAAAGAUGUGUUCGAAGAACUAGGAUGCUUGAAGGGAGAACAUCACAUCAACAUCGAUCCCAGUGUAACGCCACAGCAUGACAGAGCUUUAAAGGACGUUCAAGACAGAAUCAGAGACUCUGGUCUGAAGCUGAACAAAAAGAAAUGUCGCAUUGUAGUCACUGAGACAACAUUUCUUGGUCACAUGAUCACGGCCGAAGGAAUUAAGCCAGAUCCCAAAAAGAUUGAAGCAAUAACAAACAUGCAAACUCCAAGCAACAAAACUGUGGUCCAGCGUUUCUUAGGUAUAAUUACAUACCUUUGCAAGUUUCUACCGCAUCUCUCCGACGAAACAGCCCAACUGAGACAACUCCUUGAAAAAGAUGUUGAAUGGCACUUUGAGGAAAAUCAUCAUCACGCAGCACAAAGGACGUGCGCAUCACCCGACGGCACACCAUCACCAGCCAUGCUCCUAAUGAACAGAAAACUCAAAACACACCUAGCGGAUCUAGGUGAACGAACCCUUUCAACAAUGUCGCUGAAGCAGAAACAACACUACGACAAAAGAAAAAAUUCACUAUCCGAGUUUCACAACGGAUCUAAUGCCAGACUGCAUGACGGAAAGGCUAAGGACUGUGCUGACGUGUACAAGUCUGGUGGAACAAUCAGCAAUGUCUAUACAAUCGAGCCUCGUGAUGGUUUAGGCGCCUUUGACGUAUUUUGCGACCAGACCACUGCUGGUGGAGGGUGGACAGUGCUUCAGAAGAGACUUAAUGGCUCCCUGGACUUCAAUCGUACCUGGGAAGAGUACAAAAAUGGUUUUGGAAAUUUCUUCACUCAGGAAUUUUGGCUCGGACUAGAUAAGAUCCACCGCUUGACAGGAAAUGAGAAGGCAAACAGACUUCGCAUAGAACUGGGUGUAACUAAUGGAGAACCUCUUUACGCUGAGUAUGGUUGGUUUGGAAUUGGAAACGAGAGCACUGCCUAUCGGCUGAAACUCAGCAAACGUUGGGAUGGGACUGUCAAGUUUGAUUCUCUUGGUUUCCAUAAGAACUUCCCUUUUGGCAUUAGGGAUAGAGACACUGCUCAUGGCAAGUGCAACGCCACACGCGGAGGAGGAUGGUGGUACAGUGGAAAAUUUCCGGUAAUGUCAAACCUCAAUGGUUUUUACCCAAGCCGUGGAACUCCCUUUGGCAACAUCCACUGGGAUCAUUUAGGUAGCACUCCUGAGGCAAGCGCUCCUGAAAACACUGAAAUGAAAAUCAGACCGGUGAACUUUGAGUAG